UGGAUACUGUGGAGUGUCUCGUGGCGGAGAUGCAACGAAACCGACUGAGAGCGAGCCUCCCCCUUUGAUUCAAAGAGAAACACGGAAAACGGGAUUCAGUUGUUCGGGAAAGAAAAUACAGGAUUCAUAUAUAAAACAAGUUUAAUUGCGUCCCGUCUGUGUGGAAUAUUUUUCGGCUUCCAGAGGUGUGUUCGGCGUACUCAAAGUUACCAAAAAGCUGCAAAAAACGUACUAGUGAACACUGAGACAGAAGCAUAAAGGACACACCUGUCCAUCUACUAUCCUCUAUCUUUAAGAAAAUGUUCGUGGCAAUGUAGAUGUCAGCCACACUCAGUUAAAUGUUAGUACUACCUGAGCAGAUAUUGCUCGGCUGGCCGAAGAGGAAAAAGAAGAAAGUGGCUGCUCAAGGUGCUGGAAGAUGUCUCUCUGGAUGAUACUGCCCGUUAGCCUCCCAGUUCUGACCAUCACUGGGAUAUGGGUUGUGUACGCCAUGGCCCUGUACAAUCAACAUGUCUGCCCUGUGGAUAACUGGUUGUACAACCAAUCAUGUGAAGAGGAUCUGUAUUUGCAGAGCGGGCCAACCUUGUGCUGCACGCUAGACAAUGUACCUCUCAUAAGGUCAGUUAGACUCCCCCCCCNCAUGACAUACCCUCAACAGUGUGUAGCGGACUUUUCCAGAAACAGCAUAACCUGUUAUCCCUCCCUCACAGCAGUUCACUGUUCUGCUAGUGUAGUGAUUUGUGUAGCAACCUGUAUAAUUCAUCAGAUCCAACCAUCACUGACUCAUCUUGUCUUUGUCUCGUUUUGUUUCUCUUCUGUAGUUAUGGUGAUCGUGCUGCUCCGCUACGCCCACGUCAUUGAGAAGCAACAAAAUUGUGUUCUCAACACGGCGGGUCUCUCCACAGGCUGGAUCUGUGCCGCUGGACUCAUGAUGGUGGGCAACUUCCAGGUGGAUAAUUCCAAAGUUCUCCACUAUGUCGGAGCAGGCAUCGCCUUCCCCACCAGCAUGCUGUUUGUGUGCGUGCAGUCAGCUCUGACUUACCGACUGGCCAAGACCCAGGGGGAGUACAACGUGGCCCACCUGCGGCUCUGCAUGACCCUGCUGACCUUCGUAGCCUUGGUGCUCAGUGGUGUGUUUUUUUGUCAGGAGAGCUUCGUCCUUCAACACGCGUCGGCCAUCUUUGAAUGGUUGUUCUGCGUCAUCAUCAUGUUGUUUUACGGGACUUUUGCCUUUGAGUUUUCCGGCAUGUCAUCCGAUACCAUGGUGGUGCUGGCUCGAGGGACCCUGGGACCUGCUGGGAGAGAACACAAGGUGGACGCACUGGGACCCCUGGGAGGGCCCCUUACUCACUCACAGCCACACCCACACCAACCUGAAAACAUGUCCAUGCUGUAGCCUGCUGGCUCACCUCGAUGCCACACAGAUGGCUUGUAUCAUCCUUUCAAACUCUGGUUGUUGAAUAAGUUUAAUUAUUCAUUUCCAGCCGCGUUCGUCUGAAGCUUUGAAAUGAACCAGGCCAGUGCCGCUCAUGGCAGAGUGGAUUCUACGAUUUCAGCCCCAGGGGUGGGGAGCUAAGCUUGUAUUGUGCACACAUAAGAGCUCGGUGUCUCAAGAACUUUGUAUUUUGCACAUUGCACAAGUGUAAAACCAGACUUCCUCCCGACGUGACAAGUAAAAGAGUAUUUUAUCAAUCAGAUAAAGAAAAUGUGCUGUUCCCCUCUGAGAUAAUGAAACAUGUCUCAAUAGUGGCCUUGGGACAGUUUCACUUCUGGUGACUUCCUGAAAGCAUCAUUAUCUACGUAGAGGAGUGACGGCUGCUGGACGGCCGAGCUGACAGUGUUACAGCAGAGGGACAGAGAGGAGAGACAGAAGAGGGUGUGAGGGUGACAGCGGGAGCAAGGUCAUGCUUGUCUUUCCCACCAGAGAAUAGAUGAAUACAAAACAUUUAAAUAAACCGUGUGAAAAAGAAAAGUAAAAGAAUGUCUUAGUCAAUCCUGCAUCAAGCAAUACUUUUGUUAUACAAUUUAAAUACAUUUUAUGUCAAAAAAUCCUUAGAAUUAACAUCAUACUCCACGCUACAUGUCUUCCUACUUCAUAUCGUUUUUUAAAAUGUGCAUCAUCAACAAAAUGAUGUUUGAAUAGCUACUCCACUUUGUUCCUGGAUGCUUUGUGUGAUGUACUGUGUCCUUAUUUGAACCACACCCAAAAGAAACAUUAGAUCUGGUGCCUCGUUAUGUCAAAACGUUAUGACUUAAAACCUAAACUGUUGUCUUAUCCCCUUUCUGUUGGGAUAAAUGAACCUCAAAUGUAUUCAACUUCCGUUCUACCAAAGAAUAUGAAGGAAAGAUGAUGCAGUGUCCAGAGGCCAAAGACGUACCAGCUAAUUCAAGCCAGAGCACUGGGUUUAUUGAGUUUAGUGAGCCGGUUUCACACGUCUUCCCAGCUCCUAGGAGCGCAGGUCUGCAUCUCAUUACUCCCCAACAAGGAGAAACAGCACACUGUCACUGCCUUAUGGACAAAGGGAAGAAGGAAGGGUUUGUAAUGUUACUGAGAUGCUCCGUUCUGCCUCAUUGUUACUUUACAGCAGAAUAAGCCAAAUAUCAUUUUGCCUGUGGCAUUGGUGCCAAAACACACGGGGCCUUAUCUUGUCCCUGAGUUUAUCUGUGUUUAUAUUAACGUGUUCUGAUGAAUGACGGCUAUAGGAUGGUUAUAGACGUCCACUGCUUAUAGUGGAGAAGCAGGGACAGGGGGUAGCAUGCUUGUGAGUGCCAGGGAUACCAAAACGGAUAUAGCUACAUUUAGAUAUGGCUCCCUGCUAAUUGAUAUUGAUAAUUGUAUCUUCUAGUGCAUUUCUUAUUUUAUUUGAGCCCAAAAUCAUAUUUUUUAAGAUUUUCAAAUUUAGUUUUUUAUUCAAUGUCUUUCUCUGACAUGCAGUAAGUAAUACAGAGUAAGGAUUACUGUUUAUAUUUUGGGGAAAUGUUCAACAUCUCAGUUGAGAAAGAACACACUCUGAGCUCUCUGGUGAAAAAGCAGAGCAAGCAGAGGGUUUACAGUGAUAGUCAGUUAGUAGGCAUUCUCAAAAUAUCAAACCCUCAAACCACAACCCAGUAUUAAAACCGCUUCACAUCCUGUCACAGAAAGACUGCAUAUGAAUACUGUCACGAAGACUGAAGUGGAAAGCUUGUGCACGCUGCUACAGACACAACAGCAGACACACCUGUGGUCUCUUGCUUCUCCCUACUGGUCAAACUGCUUAUUGCAGGUGUUGGACCAGAGCUGUAAUGUUGUUGCUCCGCUCACACCAGGUCUUGUUCUCUACUUUCCACAUUCAAUCACCUCCCAGGUUCAUGCCAAGUCAGCUCUUGUAUUACUUUUACAUUUGAAGUGGAGCAAAUUCUUGAAGAGCACUUGAACUGGGCCUGUUCUUUAAUUCAGCAGCGAUCUUCAGUUGCCUACCAGGUAUUACUUUGAAGUCAAACUUGACCAUGUGACACUAGUUUUGCAAUAUGCAUUAUUUUAAGUAAGUGUUAUUGUCAAAUGAUGGUGCUGCUGAUGUUGCUCUAGCAGGAAACAUUUUCAUUACACAUUAAUGCAUGGUAGCAAACUCUACAAAAGCCCUCGUUUGGAUUUGAACACUACAAAAAUCUCUUUUGUAAAAUGUUCCUUAAGACUGAUUGUCAUUUUGCAUCCUCUUCUUUCAAUGUCACACUCUUCUUUCUUUCCUCGCUCCUUCUCAUUUACUGAUCUGUCUGAACUUUGCACUCAGGAAAGCGUUACGACACCAGCUGCAUCGUUUGAUUCGCGGCAGAAUGAACUCUGCUUGCUUCUGCCUUCUGUUGUUUUUUAAGGCAUUUGUUCUAUGACUAUUUGUUAUGUUUAUAUAUGUUUUGUUAUAUAGGUGGUUAGCCACGAUUUAAUCGAUUAUUUUUGUUAAUCAAGACUCAAGUUAAGCUUCAAAAUAAAAAUUCCUGUAUAGUAAGCUUUUGAGAAUGCUUAUGCUGCUCAUGAUGGUUAAAGAUCUGAAAGAAAAACUCACCCGUGUAAUCAGUAGAUCAUUGGUGAGACUUUUCUGACAAACUAGCAUCUAUAAAGCUCACAGAAAUCUCUUACUCAAUACUGUUGAAAUGCAAAAUGCUCCCUAUGUGCCUUUAUAUAUUAUUUUGAUUAUGAAAACCAAAGAGGUUUAGGUUGUAAAUAAUUAUAUUUGGAUGAAAAGUCAUAUGAUUGUAUAUUUGCCUUAAUGUUGAACAAAUAAAAAUGUUCC